GAGCCCCGAGAUGCGCGGCCGGACGCACCUGCUGCCUCCGCCGCCGCUGCUGCUCUUCUUCCUGACGGUGCUCGCUCUCCAGGCACGUCGAAACGACGCUCAAGGGAUGGAGGUGAGGGUGCAGGCGCUUGUCGGAGAGAAGGCGCUGCUGCCGUGUGACGUCACACCUCCCACCGCGAAUGACACGGCGACUCUCGUCAUCUGGUUCAAGGACGAAAUCACGCCAAUCUACAGCUACGACGCGCGCGGCAAGUUCUCGCAGGAGACGGAGCACUGGAAGCAGCGGCACGUGCUGGGCGAGCGCGCCAGCUUCGAGACGGCGGGCGGCGGCGCCACAGCGGCGCUCACCUUCCGGCGCGUCGUCGAGCGCGACCAGGGCGUCUACCGCUGCCGCGUCGACUUCCGGCUGUCGCCGUCGCGCAACACCCGCCUACACCUCACCGUCGUCGUUCCACCGCAACCGCCUGUCAUCCACGACCCGCGGGGACCUAUCAAGGACGUGGCCGGGCCGUACGAAGAGGGCUCCGAACUUCGACUGGCCUGCCUCGUCUCCGGAGGUGAGUUCCAGCAUGAGCUUCCAGUACUCUUCAAGUGGUAA